AUGCCUACCUGGACUCUCGAGCAGGUUGCCAAACACAACACUCAGGACUCUUGUUGGGUGAUCAUCGAAAACAAUGUCUACGAUGUCACCGAAUUUCUAUCAGAGCAUCCGGGUGGCGCCAAAAUUAUCCUCAAGUAUGCAGGAAAGGACGCCACGGCAGCAUAUGAGCCGAUUCACCCCCCUGAUGCCCUCGAGAAGCACCUGCUACCAUCACAGCAUCUCGGUCCACUCGACUCCACGGCAGCUUCCAAAGUUAUAGAACAACAACAGACGAGAAAGAAGACAAAAGAUGAACUGAGAGUUGAGGAAGCUGUAAAACGAAAACCCCCUUUAAGCAGAAUCUUGAGUCUGAUGGACAUGGAGGACGUUGCAAGGCAGGUACUGUCUUACAAGGCCUUGGUGUAUUACUCUUCAGGCUCGGAUGAUGAAGUCUCAUAUACAGAAAAUUCACGGGCAUUUUCUCGCUUUUUCUUCAGGGCUCGAGUCAUGCGGCCUGUUUCCGAGUGUGAUCCUUCGACAACCCUCCUCGGCUAUCACUCUUCAAUUCCAGUUUUCGUUAGUGGUUCAGCCCUAGCAAAAUUAGGACAUCCGCAAGGAGAGGCGAAUAUCACCAGGGCAGCAGGGAAGACGUCUCUCAUCCAAAUGGUGUCCUCUAAUGCCUCGCUCUCCGCCCAAAAUAUUAUGGACGCCGCUAUUCCUUCGCAAACACUAUUUUUUCAAUUAUACAAACAUCGGAAUGAUGAAAUCGCUGAAAAGCGCGUGCGGGAAAUGGAUCAGCUUGGCUAUAAAGCCAUUUUCUUGACGGUAGAUGCGAUUGUGGCAGGUAACCGCGAAAGGGAUAUCCGAAGCCCUUGGAUACUAGACGACCAGGAAAAGGGAUCUGUUCCGGUUUGGGAUGAGAAUAAUCCAACUGGUGAGGAGGCAGAUAUGGGGGGGAUUGCUGGAGGCUUGGUGGCCAACGACGACCGGGACAUGACCUGGGAAAAGACCAUCCCAUGGCUACGAAAGAUCACCAAAUUGCCGAUCGUUAUCAAGGGAAUUCAGUGUGUCGAAGAUGCGGUCCUAGCUUCUGAGGCUGGUGUCGAUGGAAUUUUGCUUUCCAACCAUGGGGGACGCCAGCUGGAAUACUCGCUCCCACCUAUGGAGGUUUUGCUUAGGCUACGACAACAGAGGCCUGAUGUUUUCGAUAAACUUGAAGUGUACAUUGACGGCGGAGUACGACGAGGGACCGACGUUGUCAAGGCGUUGUGCUUGGGCGCGAGAGCCGUGGGUCUUGGUCGUGCAUUCCUUUACGCGCAAAGUGCAUAUGGCGAGGCAGGUGUUUUGAAGAUAAUCGAAAUUCUUCGUCGCGAAAUUAUCAGCGCCAUGAGGCUUGUUGGGGCCACAAAUGUAAAGGAUUUGAAGCCAGAAAUGGUGGAGCGCGUCGACUGGCAAUCAUUCAUACCCGCUAAGCUUUAA